ACAGAGUCACAUUCAGAGUCGUCUCUCAGUUUUAGACACACGCAAAGAUGUUCCGCUACCUGCUCAUCGCCUCCGCCGUUCUGGCCUGCGCCUUCGCCGCGAACCCCUACAACCAGGACGCUGGUGCCUACAUCACCAAGAGCGGUGCUGACAUCUCUCCCGAGGGCAACUACAACUACCAGUACGAGACCAGCAACGGAAUCGCCGCCCAGGAGUCCGGAAUCGGAGGAAACCACGCCCAGGGAGGCUUCUCGUGGUACUCGCCCGAGGGAGAGCUCGUCCAGAUCUCGUACCUGGCCGACGAGAACGGCUACCAGCCCCAGGGCAACCUCCUGCCCACUCCUCCUCCAAUCCCCGCUGCCAUCCUGAAGUCCCUGGAGUACAUCCGCACCCAUCCCCAGUACGUGGAGCCAGCCCAGCGCGGUCCUUCCAGGAAAAUCUUCGGUUAAACUGUAUCGAAUGUCUGAUGUGACAACCUUUUGAAAGCUUUAUUACGACUUGUAAAAAUGUUAUGGAGGAGUUAAAAUAAACGAAGAUGUUUUAAAGAAAAUAA